CCACAAGGACACCCGUAGUGGAAGUCGAGAAGGGAACUGCCAUUAGUGACUUUGUGAGGAGACUCGACACAAAAGCUCCAGAAAUGGGUCAGUCGCCGGGCGAGAGCAACGACCGUGGGCACUGGAGUAACAAGUGGGACUACCUUCUCUCGCUCGCUGGUUACGCCAUUGGGAUCGGCAAUGUAUGGCGGUUCCCUUACCUCUGCUACAGGAACGGGGGAGGUAAGACUGCUGCGAGCAACUUUACUAAUUCGACAGAGAGGGCAGUUUCAGCAGCCGAUGAAUUCUUUCACAACCGCGUUCUGGAGAUCUCUUCAAACAUCAACGACCCAGGCGGUUUCGUAUGGCCCAUAGUGAACACGACUCUCUUUGUUUGGACAUUUGUAUUCCUCUGUGUUUUCAGAGGUGUUAAAGUUGUCGGAAAGGUCGUGUGGUUCACCUCCUCCUUCCCUUUCCUGAUGCUGAUAAUCCUGUUCAUUCGAGGCGUGACUCUCCCGGGUGCCUGGGACGGAAUUUAUUACUACAUCUAUCCGAAUUUCAGCAAACUUGGGGAUCUCAAGGUCUGGGCAGACGCGGCCGUUCAGAUCUUCUUCUCGAUCGGCACAGGAUGGGGCUCCUUGGCCACUAUGGGCUCCUUCAAUAAGUUCCGCAACAACUGCCUCCGCGACGCCCUCUUCGUGCCCGUCCUCAACUGCGCCACCUCCUUCUUCGCCGGCUUCGUGGUAUUCUCCGUCCUCGGCUUCAUGGCGCACCAGACGGGCACCUCCGUGGAGAGUGUCACGGCCGCAGGUCCCGCCCUGGCGUUCAUCACGUACCCGGAGGCGCUGUCGCUCAUGCCCUUCGCGCCGCUCUGGUCCGUCCUGUUCUUCCUCAUGCUCUUCUUCCUCGGCAUCGACUCCAUCUUCGUGCAGAUCGAGAACCUGGUGAUGUCGGUCGUGGACGAGUUCCCUGUCCUUCGCACCAGGAAGGGCUGGGUCACGUUUGCCGCGUGCGGGCUCAUGUUCCUCGGCGCUCUCUCCUGCUGCACUAGGGGCGGCAUGUACGUGCUGUUGCUGCUGGAUUGGUACUCUGCUUCCAUCACGGUGGUGUUCGCGGGACUGUGUGAACUCAUCGUGUUUUCUUACAUAUAUGGGGCGGGUCGGACUGUCCGGGAUCUUCAGAUGAUGACGAAGAAAGCCGUGGGAAUGUUCUGGUACGUCGCCUGGAUCUCCGUCACGCCCCUCCUUCUCCUGUUCAUCUUCAUCAACUCUAUGGCCAGUAUGACAGCUGUCAGUUACCGUGAUGUCAUAUUCCCGUCUUGGGCCCAGAGCGUGGGUUGGCUCAGCGCGCUGGCCUCCUUCGCCGGCGUGCCCGCUUAUGGCAUAUAUUACUUCCUCGCGUCGAAGGGGUCUUUCUCCAAGGUAAGAAUGCGUUGCUUUUCUUCUUUGGUUUAA